GUUAUGUUAAAGGAGUUUAAACUAUUAAUCAUUCUAUUUUCGAGCUGUAGAAGUUGAUUUUUUUUUAAAGCUGUCUUUUCGAUAUUUUUUUUCGAUAGAUUUGCAUGUUUUUGUUAGCUUUUUCUUUCAAAUAAACCGAACAUAAAAUGAGUGAAGUAGGAAACUUUUUUCAAUCUAUGCCUCUUUUUACGAGGUAUUGGUUUUCUCUUUCUUUAUUUUUUCCUUUGCUGGGACGAUUUGGCUUGAUACAUCCUGCUUACUUAAUAUUAGACUAUAGAGCAUUCAUCCAUCAGUUUCAGAUAUGGCGUCCAAUCACAGCUGCAUUUUAUUAUCCUCUUGGUCCAAGUACUGCAUUUUCAUAUAUGUUGAAUCUAUAUUUUCUUUACAAUUACUCAAUGAGACUUGAAACAGGUUUAUUUGAUGGAAAACCCGCUGAAUACCUGUUUCUGCUUCUUUUUAACUGGCUUACACUUGUGGUUUCAUCUUUGGCUUUAAAUAUAUGGUAUUUCAUGGAGGCUAUGAUAUUAAGUGUGCUUUACAUUUGGUGCCAGAUUAAUAAAGAUACAAUUGUUACUUUCUGGUUUGGGACACAAUUCAAAGCUAUUUAUCUACCUUGGGUGUUAUUUGGAAUUAACUUCAUUUUGAGAAGUGGGGGGUUUGAUGAACUACUUGGAAUUUUAGUUGGCCAUUUAUAUUACUUUCUUGCAUACAGUUAUCCUGUUGAGUAUGGUGGUUCAAGCCUUUUACAAGUACCACAGAUCCUGUAUGAUUACUUUCCUAAUCGAAGAAAUGCAUCAGGUGCACCUGGCAACCGAGCUCCCAGAAAUGAAAGACGUGGACAUAGUUGGGGUCAGGGUCAUACUCUAGGAAACUAAAUACAUAAUUAUAAAAUGAUUAAUUUAUUUCUUCUGUUAUGCUAAUGGAAAUGUUAUUGAAUUGACUUUCAGUAAGAGCCAUUGUUUUUCUGAUCCACAUAUCAUUCAUUUUGAUUCUCUUGCAUUCAAGGAAAAAAUUUCCACAAAAAUGUUGUUAAAUUUGCUGAUAGAGAAAUGUUUGAUUUCAAUUAUAUGAAACGUAUGCCCAUAUAUUUCAUACAUUUAUCCUAUGUUCAGCCAUGUUUUCAUUUUGAAAUAUUUUUAUAUGUAUUUUAAACACUUUUCAUUAUUUAUUUUAUUUUUCUGUUCACUGUUGGAUGAAAAAAAUUCUAAUCCACUAUGUAUUCAAUAAAGAC